AGGAGGAGGCUGGGGCAGUGUGGAUUGUGAGGGUGGCGGGUGGCCGCAGCACGACGCGAACCAUGGCCCACGCCAGGCAGGACGAGGAUGAACACGAUCCUGUGUCACUCUACCGUGAUGUUCCCUCAUUUUGCUUUCAAAAGUUUUUAGACGAUGCUCUGGAAAAGCUUUACACCAUGAACGCUAAAGAAACAAGGGUUUUAAGACAUCUUAUAUCAGAAGGAAAUUCCUUUGAAAUCUUCGAAGCUUUAUGGAACAUGGAUGAGGCGCAUGAAAUUUUGACGCCGCCUGAGAAAUUAGUAUCAGAAGACGUGGAAACGAGGAAGAGUGCGAAAGAGUCCAUCAUGUACAUGAGACGCGGCGAUUUAUAUUUCGAUAGCAAUAAGGAUGUAGCACUGUGUUAUUAUAACAGGAGCAUCAUAUUUGCUCCUCAUCCUCCUAUUCGUAUUGGCAACAGAAUGUACAGUGCCGGUCCAGAGGACGUGGACGAAGACCUUGGGGACCUGGAUUACACAGUCUUAACUCGAUGCUACAGAGCCAGAGCGAUGCUGUUGUUUAAGAUGGGCAAGUUCGUAUUGUGUUUGAAGGACAUUGGCAUCGUUCAGCGUCUAGGCUGCCCGAGUGAUGUGAAUGAAGAUUUAGAACAUAUGAGAGCACACUGCAAUGAGAUGAUGUCAGAGUCUGAAAAUGCUGCCGAGCCUGUUGCGGCUUUUCAUGUUUUGUGUCGCGAACCACCAGCCUUGGAAGAUCCUAAUCCUCAUUUACCAGCGGCCAGCAGCGCCGUGAGUCUGGGACACAAUAACACAGGAAGCAGGCGGCAUCUCUAUGCAAACAGAGAUAUAGAACAAGGUGAGAUCCUGAUUGUGGAGAAAAAUUAUUGCAACAUUCUGUUACCGAAAUACAUCAGACUGUUUUGUUCAUUUUGCCUACGAAGGACCUGGACACCUCUCCCCUGCUCCGCUUGCACACAGGUGGUGUUCUGCAGUUACUCCUGUCGAACAAAAGCACUGACGGGACUUCACGGACGAGAGUGUCCCAUCCUUAGACGCAUUAACUACCUUAACAUAAAAGUAAGAGGAAUUCUAGCAUGCAGAAUUCUGUUCAAGACAACUUUUGACAAACUGAAGAAACACUAUGAAAUUAUCAUGGCCGAGGGAAAGAAGCCUUUACAAGUUAGAGGCGUCACACGAGACGGUGUAUUCUCUUCAGGUAAUUAUUUGUCAGUGUACAGCAUGGUGGGCAGAAAAAAACACAACAACGUGGACAAAAUGGCUAGAGCAAUGGAAGCCUUCGUUUUGCUCAAGCUACUAAGAGCCAGCAACCGUUUCUUCGUGGAUGCCGAGGGCUGGCGGCUGGAACCGAGCUGGGAGGACCAGUUAUUCAUAGGCUCACUCUUGCUGCACCACCUCACAAAUCUAUGGCGUACAGCGGAUGCUUUCUUCGAAACUGAUAUGAUCGACUUUGACUGCACCCAGAACCCCAUGAAAGCUGUCGGUGCUGGAGUGUUUCCGGUCAUCAAUCUAGCUAUGGGUUGUGAAUCCUACGCACCGUGCGCAUACUUCACCUACGGCGAACACUUGGUGAUGCGGGCCACGCGUACCAUACGUGCCGGGACGGUUCUGAGAUGCAUGUAUUCUGAUCACAUAUGGGAACGCAUGCCGAAAGAGGACGACGAGAUAUUUGCUCAGGACGUCUUCAAAUGCAUCAGGGACGGCGUGAUUGAGGACGUGGGUGACCUGGUACUGGGAGAGCUUUCCCUGAGGUGCGUCAAGUGCCAAGGGAAAGUGAAAUCUGUGUGCUUCAAGUGUAACCUUGAAUACAACAAGAUCAGUCCUGUGCCCGGCAUCCCAAACCUAACCACCUACGACCAUCAAGAGGUUAUGGCAAUGGUUAACGAACUUGUACGGCGUUACCAGCGUACUCGUAGUGGCAUACGUAAUCGUCUAUGCUCCACGACUGACCUGGACAACGUGCGUGAAAUAAUCUCCUGCUUCGACAAAUAUGUGCAUCUGCCAAACACCGUGCACCGGGAUGCCCAGCUCAUGUACAUCAUCAUCAUGAAUCACAUGACUUGCUCCGUCUACCACGAUAAGAUGACCGCGCCGGGCUGCAGCAUUUGCUAGCGCAGUGACCUUAGCUUGUGUAAUCACGUGCCGUAGUGUGCAUGGUGCUAUAGUGACGGUGGCGGUGACAUGUUGGGAUUUUUUAAUCAAAUUCCUUCAUAUUGUACGAUCAGUUAUUUUCAGGAUUGCCAUUUUAUAGCUUUUAUGUUAGUUUCUUAAACUUGUUGUGAGAUAUUUUAGACUUUACAGAUUCUGACUAAUGAGGUUUGUUAACCUGUGAACGUUAGCGAUCUAUAUUCUUUUAAAUGUUCGGGAAAGUUAAGGAGAAAGAAGAAAAUGUUGAUGAAAGUUGUUAAGACAUUCAUGUUUUUUUUUUUAACUAAAACUUGAAAACUCACUUUUCCUGAAUUUUUUUGGCGAGCAGUGACACACACACACACACACACACACACACACACACCUUUCUUCACGCACUUCUCUCUUAUCUUUCCGUUACACCCAUCACCCCAGAACCAGCGCAAGUAAUCUAUCAAUCUGUAUACCAAGGCGACAGUCCCGGAAAGGAUGGCCCAAAGCACUACACAAUACGCAAUCAUACACUCAUCACUUACACUCUUCACCCCUUCGGCCCCAGGUGGAAGGAGAUCGUCUCGUGGGCCACUCAACUACACUGCAGGAGCUUAGGCAUACGACGGCUGGCCACAUACUUUCACUGCAAAAGUAAUAAUGUAUAAAAUUCCAAAUUGACUAGACCCAUUGUCCAGCGAUGUACAGUUUUCCUUGGCCGUUCACGCAAGAUGUAUUAGGAAGAGUACAGAACAACGAAAGUAAGUGUGAAGAAAUAUAUGCUUUUCAGUUCACACUAACAUAAACUAGGUACAAAUAAUGGAAGUUACGGCAUAUGAGAGAGAGAGAGAGAGAGAGAGAGAGAGAGAGAUAAUCAUCCCCCAUUCCCACAUUCAAAAUUUGAAACUUUCUACCUUAUCAGUUACUGAGCACAGAAUCCUUCAUUCCUGACCCCCAACACUGAGCAACAGACACGCACACACUCCAUCAAUCGACGCUAUAUGAACACAUUGCUGUGCUGCUUAGAUAUCAAUCACGCCAUCCUUCCAUCAUAGAGAAAAUCCUGCACGUACUUCGCUUGUUACCUGUACACACACCAAGGCGACUCAGGAGUUAAGAAGCAUCGAGUGUGAACGAGCACGUAGUCGAGGUCUCUUAAUGACUGGAAUAUAUCAUGAUGAGGUUCUAGGGAAAAAAGUUCCUUGUGGGUAUUGCAACAACCUUUCUUCAGAUUAUUAUGUUAUACUAAGUGGGAUGGGUGUCUUUAGUUUGUUUAAGGGUGUCUAAGAAGAAUUUCUUAUCGUCAGUUCAUGAACAAUCUUGUUAUUUGUGACAGACUAGUUAUGCAAAAAUAAAUAAAUACAAAUGAAA